GGGUGGUCUACAUAUUCUCUUUGCAUCUGCCCUGCCAUCCUGCCAUUUGCCAAUAUAAUUUAGUAUUGAUUGUCCGGAUUGUUUAUUGUUAGUUCUUUUUCGGCUUUCAUUGUGUUUAAUCCUUAUUACAUUUUCAUCUAUUCGUUUAUUAACUAUCAAAAAAUAAUAAUACAUAAGUUUACCUGUGUAUUCCACCGUUGAUAUCGGCUUGUAUACAUCUCGAUAGCGUAGCGUUGGUUGCUUCGUCAAUACGGUCACAAUCGGGUCACAGUGGUGAUGAAGACGGAGCCCUCAUGGGAGGGGGUGCGGCCCGCCCGCCCCUCCGACACACACGACUCGUUCUGCGCAGUCACAGAGUCAGCUCCAAUUCCAGAGGGAAACAUGUGCCCAGACGUGACUCCGGAUGCCGGUGUGAAGCCCGAACCAGUUGCACAGCUACAUGCUGUUUACUUGCAGCACGAGGUCACUGACUCGCGAGAGGAUGUUAAUGUGAAGCUAGAAGACCCUGAGCUACGGGAGGAUGUGAAAAAGGAACCGGGAUCGGAGGAUACAAACAAGUUGGGUGGAGUGGGAGUGUCGCAGCAUUUGGAGUUCACAGAUGACAGUGAAGCUGGCGGGAGCGGGAUGGCAGAUCCUCGUGGAAGCGGGACGGCAGACACAUGCGAGAAAGAGACUGCUCAGGAGGCGGAACUAGAGCAGAAGUUGCUCGUCCUGCGUAAGGACAAGGACCGAGCGCGCUCCGCCAAGCAGGCGCGCGAACACACAGAAGCUACCAGCUACGCGUGCCUCAUGUGCACUAGAACCUUCAAGUGUUUAACCACCUACAAGCAACAUAUGACUAAUAUGCACACCGGUGAGAAACCCUUCGCCUGCGAGUGGUGCGAUUGGCGUUUCGACGAUUUAAACGAUUUUAAGAGACAUUUAAGAACUCACAAGGGUUUGAGGCACUUCAAAUGGAGAGCCAUUUACAGAAAGUUUACAAAACUCCAUAAACCUUUAUAACAUUAUGCUAAAUCGCUGUCAUAGCGUUAUAUUUCAUAGUUUUAAAAGUAUCUAUAUUCAUUCAUACAUAACAUUACAAUCAUAACGAAAUGAAACCCGUAACGUUGUAUUAUUUUUAAGAUAGCGAUGAAAAUAACUCAAUAUUGUCUUCAAUUGAUACAAGAAAGUAAUGGGUUUCAAUAUCGGGUUUAUAACGUUAUAGCUUUUGCCCGCGACUUCGUCUGCGUGGAGUUAGUAAUUUGGGUAUAAUUAACGAUUUCCCAUACAAACUUCCACCCCCCUUUUCACCCCUUAAAGGAUGAUUUCUGGGAUAAAAACUACCCUAUGUCCUUCCCUGGGACUCAAACUAUCUUUAUACCAAUAUUCAACUGAAUAGGUUCGGCGGUUUUAAGCAUAAGGGGUAACAGACAGACAGACACACUUUCGAAUUUAUAAUAUUACUAGCUUUUGCCCGCCACAUCGUCUGCAUGGAAUUGGUUCCAGUAAUAAGAGUAAGUAUAGCGCCUGGAUAAAAUCUAAUGGCAAUAAUUUUGAACAUAAUAUGCUUAAUUGUUAACACCAAUUAACAGGCAAUUCAUUAAUUUUCUCAUUUCCUCCCCUCUUUUCACCCUCUUUAGGGAUAACUUCCGACAUAAAAACCAUCCUAUGUGUCCUUCCCCGGGACUUUUAGUGGAAGCCGCUCGACUCCAAUUACAAAGAAAAACCGCAAAUCGAUGUACAGGUUAGCCGUUUGGCACUCGCAUACUAGAGGUCAAAACAAUUUUUUUGACCCGCAGUUCCU